AUGGGAUGGAUAAAAAUCAGUAAUUCUGAUCCUGGCAAAGAAGCCUACUAUCCUCCAGCAAUGGGAGCCUAUCAUCCUUACCACGAUUUUGCUGGUUAUCCAUUCAAUGGGUACGGAAUGGAUUUAAACGGGGCCCGACGCAAAAAUGCAACCAGAGAAACGACAUCGACCCUGAAGGCCUGGUUAAACGAGCACAAGAAAAAUCCUUAUCCGACCAAAGGAGAAAAAAUUAUGUUGGCCAUCAUCACCAAAAUGACACUGACACAGGUGUCAACGUGGUUUGCAAAUGCCAGGAGAAGAUUGAAGAAAGAAAACAAAAUGACGUGGGAACCCAGAAACCGUGUCGACGAUGACGAUGAUGAUGAGAGAAACGAUGAAAGGAACAACGAUGAAAACGAUGACAACAUGCGAAGUGACGAUCGUUUGGACGACAGAGGACCUGGUGAUGAAAAACGAGACUGCAAAGAUUCCAAAGACUCCGGGACAGCCUCCUCCGACGACGAAGACCUGACCAACCAUCACCGGAACCCGUCCCACUUCAUCAACCACCAUCAAAUGGGUCACCAACUUCACCAUCCAAACCACCAACUGCCACCAGUCCCGCCAACUUCAUCAAGUCUAAUGCAGAGUGGCCAAAACCCUCACCUACUCGGCAUAAACUCAUCGUUCCAGCUUUUCCAAAACCAACUUCUCAUCAACAACUCCUUGCUCCUGAAUCAGGAAACCGAACGCCAGAAGGAGAUAGAAUCCAGGGACGAAGUCAAAAGUGAUACCAAAUUAGAAAUGUCAACAAAAAAUAUACAAAGUGCAAACAAAUCCAAAAUCUGGUCCUUGGCAGACAUGGCGAACAAUUCUAGUGAUCAAAAUCAGGAGUACGCGAAGAAGAUUUUGCACCAGAGGUUGGCACAGUAUACGAAUGCGUAUCACAAUAGGGAUAAUUUUGGAUUUUUGGAAGCUUAUUCUAGGAAUAUUCAGCAUGCUGGACAUGCUAGUAAUGCAGGAGAAGCCCCAAGUGAGGGAUUGGUGCGGCAGCAACAGAUUUCGCCUAAUUGCUCGUCUAAUGAUAGUUGUAAACAAUAA